AUGGAGGAAUCCAAACCGGAAUCGGCUCCGGUCAAACCAGGGGAAAAAAGAGGCUGUCCGGAGGAUGAUGAAGAGGCUGUGACCAAGAGAGCCCGAGUUGAGAAUGAACAUGAGAAUGGAGCUCCUCAGGAAGCAACUAGCAAUGCUGAAGAAGAAGAAGAGGAGGAGGACUGCAGUGGUGAGACCUUUGCCGACAUGAUGAAGCACGGCCUUACCGAGCUGGAUGUGGGAAUCUGCAAGUAUGUCAGUGAUCACGAAGGCUUCUCAGGAAUUCUUAAGGAGAGAUACUCAGAUUUUGUGGUGCAUGAAAUCAGCAAAGAAGGGAAGAUAGUGCAUUUAGAUGACCUAACUAUACCUAAAGAGGUUGAGGAAAGAGAAGCAGCAGCAGCAGAAGUAGAAUCUCCAGCACCUGAAUGUAGUUUGCUUACUGAGGAGCAAAAGAAGCAGCUUGGGGAUCUGCAGAUGUUCAAGAACAAAGAAAGCUUCGUCUCCAUCGAGGGAGAUGAGUCAAAGGAUAAGCGGACACUCGUACACAAAGCUAUCAAAAUUCAAUUCCCUGGCCUGGAAACAAAGACGGAGGAGAAAGAUGGCCGCAGGUUUAUUGUGGCCUACCAUGCUGCUGGCAAAAAGGCGCUGGCUGAGGUCAAGACAUCUGCAGCACCGAGGAAGCACUCCUGGCCGAAAAACCGCGGCAAUUUCUGCCAUUUUGUCCUUUACAAGGAAAACAAAGACACAAUGGAUGCCAUCAAUGUGCUGUCAAAAUUCCUCAGGCUUAGACCUAAUAUGUUCUCGUAUAUGGGAACCAAGGACAAGAGGGCCAUCACUGUGCAGGAAAUCGCUGUACUAAAAAUCACAGCAGAGAGGUUAGGCCACCUCAACAAGUGCCUGAUGAACCUAAAGCUGGGCAAUUUCUCUUACAAGAAUCACCCGCUGAAGCUUGGAGAGCUGCAAGGAAACCAUUUCACUGUGGUCAUUCGGAACAUCUCGGGAUCGGAUGCCCAGGUCCAUCAGGCCUUGUCGUCACUCAAGCAGACAGGCUUUAUCAACUACUACGGCAUGCAGCGUUUCGGCACCACAGCGGUGCCCACGCACCAAGUCGGCAGGGCCAUCCUGAAGAAUGACUGGAAGCUAGUGGUGGAUCUGAUUCUCAAACCUCGUCCUGGAGCUGAGAAAGAAUUCCUGGUGCGCUGCAGGGAAGAGUGGGCCAAGACUCAGGAUCCGGAUGCGGCCUUGAAGAAGCUGCCCAACAAGCGCUGUGUAGAAGGCCAGCUUCUACGUGGCCUGUCCCAGCAUGGCAAAAAUAACAUCGUCACUGCCUUUGGCCUGAUCCCCCGGAACAACCGUCUGAUGUACAUCCACAGCUACCAAAGCGUGGUGUGGAACACCAUGGUGAGCCGCCGGAUCGACGCUUUCGGGCUGAAGGCCGUGGAGGGUGAUCUCGUGCUACGAGGAACCAAAGCGCACAUAUUGUCAGAGGAGGAGGCAAAGAGCCACUCCAUCCAUGACAUUGUGAUGCCACUUCCGGGUUUCGACGUCAUCUACCCAACGCACCACGUGGGCAAAGGUUACAGAGAGAUGCUGAGUGCAGACGGGUUAGACAUCGAUAACAUGCGACACAAAAUUAAGGACUACUCACUGGCAGGAGCCUACCGACGAGUCCUUAUCAGACCCACUGAUGUCAGCUGGGAGGUGAUCCAGUACGAUGACCCCAAGCUCUCUCUCGUCCACACCGACUUUGAGAAAAUUGAGAACAAACCAGCGCCGGUGUUCAACAAAGAAGGGAAAUACCGCGCUCUUCGUCUGGAGUUCUCGCUGCCGCCUUCGACGUACGCCACCAUGGCCAUUCGGGAAGUACUCAAGUUGGACACCAGCAUCAAGAAACAGACACAGCUCAACACCACGUGGUUCAACUGA